UUACCAGUGAAAAAUGCGAACGGGGAGGGGCUGAAGUUGAGCAAACAGUCAGUCAGCCAGUCCUCGACUCCAGCGAGCGAGCGGAAUGGGAGUGCUUCACGUAGAGAGAAUUUAAGAUUACUGUUUGUGUACAUUUAUUUUUCGCCAUGCAGCUCUGCAGUGUUUGUAACGAGGAGCCGCCUAAAUAUCGCUGCCCAGGCUGUUUGAUCAGAUAUUGCUCGCUGAAUUGCUACAAGAAACAUAAAGAUGGCUGUAUUCCAAAGAAAAACACUGAGAAAAAGCCUGAAAAGCCGGAAUUGCCCCCCGCACUACAAGGAAUGAGACAAGCGGGGAGUACAGAAAGCAGGUGGUCUGUUGAAGAUCGCCUUGAAGAAAAUGAAGAAUCGGAUAGGGUUCCUUUACAGCAGCUCGCACGUUUAGGUGAAUGUGAAGCUCUGAAAGCCCUGCUCUAUAAUCCUCAUCUCAGACAGUUAUUGCGAACAGUAGACGAAGCCGAGGGUAAGGAAAGCACCAUGAAGGUAGCCAUGCAGGAGCCUCUGUUUGUGGAGUUUGCAGAUCAGUGUCUGAGAGUCAUUGAGCCGCCGGAAAAAUAAAACGCCGUUCCCACUGACCGACUCGCAUGCUAAAAAGCUUCACAUCAGUUUUUAGUUUUUCUUCAUUUUAUUUUGUAUAUUUACAAUAAAAAAAUAUAUAAAAA